AUGAGAAGCACUACUCCGCCAAUGAAGGUUGUGUCCAACGCUUCCUGCACUGCCAAUUGUCUAACUGUGCUUGCCAAAGUCACAGACGAUAAUUUCAGCAGCGUUAAAGGUCUCAUGACUACUGUGCAUUUCUACACUGCAAAACAGAAGAUUGUUGAUGGUUCCUUUAAGGUUUGGCGAGAUGGACGCACUGCUACUCAGAACAUCAUUACUACCUCCACUGGCGCCGCAAAGGCUGUUGUCAUUCCUGAGCUGAACGGCAAGCUUACCGUCAUGGCUUUUCAUACACCAAUUUUAAAUGCCCCCGUUGCAAGUUGUUCACCCAUCUACAACCAGAUCAAGGCUGUCGUCAAGAUCGUCUCUAAAUCACCUACCCUAAAGGAACUUUUAGCAUACACUGAGAACCAGGUUGUCAGCACUGACCUGCUCUCCUGUUGCUUGACUACCGAUCUGAAUAUGUUGGAUUCUACUAAAGAUGUGGCUCUCGGGGAGACCACGGAGUAA